GUCUGUCUGUCUGUUAGCAGAGCCACACCCAUUGGUGCUGACAGUGCAGCCAGCUGGUGACUUCAUGACAGGCUUUCUGCACUGCCAGACACUGGGGCAGCUGACUGCCAAUCGCUGUUCGUUCACUUCCUGCUCGUCAGCUGUCGACCCCGCCCCUGUAAGCAGACUUGUUCCUGUCUGGAGUCAUUUCUCAAGGAAGAACGAGGAUUGUGCUGUCCUGUUUUGCGACUGCAUGAGAUGCUGAGAAGCAGAACGGGGCCAAACUGAGCAGCACAGUGUGUGUAAGACAGUCACAGAGCAAGGCAACAUCCCAAAAUGAGAAGACUCCUAUCAAAAUCUGACCCUCCUGAUCUUGAGUUCCAACCUUUGGUUGUAAUAGAGUUUGCCAAACAUGCCAAAGAAGAAACCAGAGAAUGGCUUGUUAAAAAAAUAAUGGACAAGAAGAAAGAUGGAGGUUCCCAACUGCUAAUCAAACCGCUUGUCAUAUCAAAUGAUGAAGAAUUCAUUUACAUUGUCGGUGGCUCCGCAAAGCGCCUGCUUCUAGGAGCAGAAGCUGUGGGACUAGUGAAGGAAUGUAUUGAUGGCUCAAUGAAGCCUUUCAUUUACAAUAAUCGGAAAGAAUAUAAAGAUUGGACAGAAGAUGGAGACGAUUUCCUUAGCAUGGCAGAAUGCCAGUAUAUAAUUAAAUAUGAGCUGGAUAAUCUUCGAGCUCAAGACGAGAAAAAUAUCCCUGGCUAUCCAAAUUCAAAACUUUAUCCUGGGAAGUCUAUUUUUAGGAGACUGCAAACCAGUGGAAUCAUGAUUCAGGUAUUUCCACUUCAUGAUAAAGAAGAACUGAAAAGAUUAAGGCACCAGUGGUACCUAAGAAUCAAGCUUGCCUUUCAGCCAAUAGAUCAAAUCCAGCACUACUUUGGUGAUACACUGGGCUUGUAUUUUGCUUUCUUAGAAUAUUUUACAAUGGCCUUGAUUCCAAUGGCUCUCAUUGGCAUUCCCUAUUAUUUUUUUGCCUGGGAAGACUAUGACAAAUAUGUGAUUUUUGCUACUUUCAACUUGGUGUGGUCGACUGUAAUCCUUGAAGUGUGGAAAAGAUUGAGUUCAGUCAUGACAUACAGAUGGGGCUCUCUGAUAAUGAAAAGGCAAUUUGAGGAGCCCAGACCAGGUUUUCAUGGUGUUCUGGGUAUAAAUCCUGUCACAGGAAGAAAGGAGCCCAUUUACUCAAGUUUCAAAAGACAGUUGCGGAUAUAUCUGGUCUCUGUGCCAUUCGUGUGUGUUUGCCUUUACCUAGCUAGUUAUGUGAUGAUGAUCUAUUUUGACUUGGAACAUUGGGCCCUUGCAUACCACCAAGAACAACAGUCAACGUUCAGCAGCCUUAUUCUUUACGUUCCCAGCAUCAUUUAUGCGGUUGUUAUUGAGAUCAUGAAUCGCAUCUACAAGAUUGCAGCUGAACUCCUGACUUCAUGGGAAAAUCACAGGUUAGAAUCUUCCUAUCAAAAUCACCUGGUGCUGAAGGUCUUGGUGUUCAACAUAGUGAAUUGCUUUUCAUCACUUUUCUACAUUGCUUUUGUUAUGUGUGACAUGAAGCUGUUAAGGCAGAGUUUGGCAACUCUGCUCAUCACUUCUCAGAUACUUAAUCAGUUUGUUGAAGCUUUGCUCCCUUACUGGUUACAAAAAAGAUCCAGCCGAAAAAUAAAGAAGAAAGUCAAAUCAUUGAAUGUGGAUACAGAUUACACCUUGUUAGAACAGAUUCAUUUGGAGAAAGACAUGGAUACUUAUCUGGGCACUUUUGAUGACUACUUGGAGCUGUUCUUACUGUUUGGCUAUGUGAGCUUGUUCUCCUGUGUUUAUCCUUUGGCAGCUAUAUUUGCGGUACUUAACAAUCUCACUGAGAUGUACUCCGAUGCAUUAAAAAUGUGCCGUGUCUACAAACGCCCAUUUUCUCAACCUUCAGCCAACAUUGGAGUUUGGAUGCUGGCAUUUGAAACCAUGGGUAUUAUAGCAGUUGUUACAAACUGUACUCUUCUUGGAAUGUCUUCGCAAGUUUCCGGUAUUUUUGAAGAUUCCAAGAGAGACCUUAUUUUAACUGUUGCAGCUAUAGAGCAUGCUCUACUAGCCCUCAAGUUUAUUCUGGCAUUUGUGAUCCCCGACAAACCAUAUGACAUCCAAGUAAAAUUAGACAGGUUGGAAUUUGAGUCUUUGGAAGCGCUGAAGAAAAACCAGCAAAUGAAGCUUUCUUCUGAGUCACUUACUGAUGAUGAUGACGCCAUGAAUUCUUAAAAGAAGCGGUUGUACAAUGGAUUCGUUCUCUUCUCCAAAGAAUGUACCCUCUAUAAAAGCAUGCGGAAAGUCGCCUUUGGCGGACCACUGCGCUUCUCAGGGUGGCAACUACUUGUCUUCAUUUCUGUUCAUCCCAAGUAUUGUGUUUGCAUUUUAUAUUCCGUUUAUAUGUUGUGUUGGAAACCCUAUUUUUAAUGCUCUGCAUUUAGCUUUAAAUAUAUGCUGCAAGUAACGUGGGACUCUUUGGUCCUGGUUCACCUCAUUUAGCCUUAUGACUGGACUUCUUAAAGCCAUACAGUCACCAUGUAAUCAUCCCACUUCAUAACCCAACCUUAUUUGCUUUCUUUUUAAAGUCUGUAUUGUCUGUCAAAAUGGAGGUUUAGUUUAUGUAACCCCGACAAAGUGUCUUAUUUACAAUAACAAAGCAAUUCAGGGGUAUAUUUAUCAUUAGAAACCAAUCCAUACAUAUUUAUUUUCUGUUAAAAAAGAGCAAGCAAUUAUAUUUCCUCAAAUGAACUUGAAUAAAACAUACCAGCAUUUGCCUGAUGAAGAAUUGUGAUAGGCCACAUUGAUUUUUUUUGUUUCAUACAGUCUUGGCCCGUCUUAACCCGUGAUCCAAUGUAUAAAGGCAACACUUGCACGCUCACUUAUUUUAUUUAUCACCCAGAACUACGUGCCGGCAGUAUAUUAUGUCAAAUUACAGCUAUAGACAGUGCUCAGUGCUCUCAUUAUCAUACUUUUAUUUCUAUAAUUACCUUAUAACAGUCUUGCUUUUAAACAGCUCUAUAACUAGUGCUGCCAUAGUACUAGGGUUGGUCUCCAUAAUUCCUUCAACAAUUAGUAGAAAUUAAUAUAAGGUGCACAGUUAUUCAUUUUAAGCCAAUUACUGGGUCACAGAACUGAGCCCCAGUAUUAAUCUGGGAUUCCUAAAACAAGAAACCCUGUCUUAGCUAUAUAUCAGUAUAUAAAUUGGGCUCACAAAUGUCAUUUUUUUCAUCAUCAACUCACCACUUUACUUAUUGGUUUAUUUCUUUUUUUUUUUUUUAACUGUAUUAUUAAUCCAUGUUUGCUAAAGUAUAAUUAUCUAACACAAACCAAUGUGAAUAAGGGGGAAGCAAUACAGAUUUAUUGUAUCCGCAUGUUAAAUAAAUGGCACACAUCAACGAGA